GUUGUGAUAAACUUAUUAAAUAGAUCUUGAGUAUAUUUUCGGGCGAGGCGAGCAGCUGAAUUGUACUCAGCUAACAAUGCUUCCCUGGUAUAGACAGUCUUGAAAGCGAAAUAUUAGAUAGACACGAACGUUUAUGCAGAAAUUACAGCUGAAUAGAAAAUGACAACUUUGCUUCUAAACACAUCAACGGCGGCUCCUCUAGAAACCCCAGACACUUCAUUGGCGAUCCGGGGUUCUAGUUCCGGCGAAGGCCAGUUAAAUGAGCAAAGCUACCUACAACUGGUGAUUGUCAAUGCAGUUUUGGGCAUCUGGUUGAUUUAUGCAUUGUAUUUCAACUCGCGUGUGUUUGGAUUCAUAAUUAGUGCAAUAAUAUCUCGGACUACCAAGAUGGAUUUUGACCUGGGGUCUUUUUCGCUCUCGGUGCUGUCGGGAAAAAUCAUGUUCAGGGGUCUCUACCUUGCAACCACGGACUUCUCCAUCUCAAUCUACGAUGGUAUCAUCACCUUCCGGUGGUGGAAGAUGUUCGACCUGGAAUACUACCAGGAGAAAGCACCUAGACUAGUGAUGGAUCUGACCACAGUUGACAUACAUGUUUACAACAGGGUGCAGUUCUACGAAGAGCUGGCGCAGAGUUUCACCAAUACGAAGGCGAAACAGAUAAGUGUCAUCAUGGACAAACGGAGACAGCAGCCAGUUGAGUCCAGCGUUACAUCAGACAGACGAGGCCUGAAAAAUCCAGCUCACGGUCCAUCUGUCUCUGGUAAGGCACCUCCGCAGUCUCAUUCGAGUUCCAGGCAGAGAAGACGAAACACUGGUGCCCCUUCUUCUAGAAGCAGUGGAUCUGAUGGCGGAGGAUACCACAAGAUUGAAAGUCACCUGGGAGAGAUGGUUACUUCGGGAUCAGUUGUGGACGAUAAGGGAUCGAUGGCUAGUAAAACAGUGGGAACCGCUUUGGACGUAGAACGAGGCAGCCAUGGCCCUGAAUCUGGUUCGAAUACUGCCAGUGUGAAAGAUGCCCCAGAGCCAGCAGCAGUGCGAGUGUGGAAUGCGUUUAAAGAUCUCCUGGCUAUCAUUCAAGUCAAAGCAUGUCCGGUCAGAAUUAUAUUCGGAAACGAGCAUCUGGACUUCUCUCUUGUAGUAUUCAGCAAAGACUGUGAUAUCAGAUACGCUUCUCAAACAGUGAGUCAUGACUCGUCCAACACCGGUGCAGGCGGUUCACCCCAACACUCGACUGCCAAUGGAAUUGAAGAUUCGAAUAUUCUUGUCGCUUCGAGUCACAAAGUGCAAAUCACCAUGCGAAAUGAGACAAAGUUGUCGAUGGUCCCAAAACAGAGCUUAUACGAGCCGGAAGCGAAUAAAGCGACUGCUCCGAACACGAUUGGAAACUUCAAAACGUACUUGAACCCUGAAAAGCCUCCUGAAACCUGUAUCCUAGUGCAAUCCAAUGAAAGGGUUGAAAUAGGAAUGAAAUGGGACAUGCCAUACCGGAUGCCUCUUUCGGCAAACACGAGCUUCAGCGAGUUGCAGGAAGCAGACACGAAUAGCAAUCCGCUCCCGAUUCCACUACGGACAGUAGACAUCUCUUUUACAGGACACUCGAGACUGAGCUACUCGCCGUAUAUAGACAAGAAAAGAGCCCAGUUGCAGAAGUAUUUCUUUCCAAUGACGUAUGACCUGAAGAUUCCCACUACCGAACCUCAGCCUGGUGGUCUUAGGAGCCCAUUGGAAUUGAGUGUUUGUGUGAAGUUUGCAGAUAGCUUAGUGGACUUCAAGUUCAAUGACAAGGAAGCAACACAAACUGCAGAUAUGCAAGUUUUCAAAAUGAAGACGGAUGCGAUGUUUGUCAAGUACAAGAUGCCCCUGACCAUAGGUCCAACAGGAUAUAAAAACACCUGUCACAUACAGCUGAAACAAUGUCGAAUUAAUUCGAACAUUUCUGAGUUCCCCUCCUUUAUUCGAGGCGAUACAAUUGAAGUUCGCUUGGAAGCCGACAUUCCUUUAUUUUGGAACUACCCGCAGCAUUGGAGAUUCGAUAUCUCCGGGCGUCGAAUUUCCGUUUUCUAUCUUUCAAUUCUGAAACAAUCUUUAGCUAGUAUAAUCAACGAUUUCGGCUCUAAAGACAAACCAGAUCUUCUCAAAUUCAUUCCAGUACGGUAUAAAUGUAACGUGGAUUUCGAAAAAGUUGAAGCUGUGUUUCCUGUUCAUCAGUCAAAUUGGGUCACAAAUGCCCGAUCGCAUAGCAAAAACAAGAAAUCGCAUGGAAAUAAGGAGAACCAAGCUGGUCCAGAUAUAAACGAAGAUCUUCUCAAUUCAAAUGCAUUCAAGUUCAUAAAUGCGCAGAAAAUAACAGGAACUAUGGACUUCAAUUUCUUAGAUUUUCUCCCUGCAUUGUUGAAUAACAAGUUCAGUUUUGAAGCUUCGAAUCUGGACGUUGCGUUACAUCUUCCCGACAGUUUUCCAUCGAAGCAUAUUUUGAGAAGCCUCGCGAUGUCAAUGAAGGAGCUAACUGGUUUCGAUUCCCGAUUCAAGACAGCAGGAUUUGGAGCAGGAAUCGAUGCAGAAUUGAGUUCUGGAGAUGGCGCCGGAGGGUUGCUUUCGUCUUCUGCAAACAAUCGGAUGUUUGAACGGUUUUACACUUUUCCGUCUUCCGAUGCGAUUGAGUUCAUCCAGUGUGGACACUUAUCAGUGGCAAUUGACCAUCGUUACCAUCCUGUGUAUUACACUGAGAACGGGAACGUCAGCGGGUAUAAUUUGUCCUUGCCAAAACGGACCCCCAAGUUCAAUACAAGAAAGCUGAAAACUUUCGACCAGACUUCAGUCAGUUCGAACCCACUUGAUCCUCUUGCUGCAAAUCAGCCCAGGUUUAUGUCCCAGAUAGAACCAGAUGUACUGGAGAUUUGUGUGACCUUUGACCAACUCGUCGGAAUUGGAUAUGGAGUGGCUCUGAAACAUUUGCAUGCUUUCAUUAUGAAUAUUUUCGCAGAUGUUCCCCUGAAACAGUUUGAAAGGAAAUCAAAUGACAAGCAAGGAAAUCACAAGAAGAGAGGAAACAAUUCCAGUCCAAAUAACAACGCAGUUGUUGGUAAUCAGCAAACUGGAGUGGCCAUGGAUGAUUCGCAACAGUGCGCUCAAACCAAACAUGGAAACGAUCAAAAUCUCAAAUUCUAUGCUUCAAACCGACCUAUGAACGUAUCUGUAUCUAUACCCAUUACCAAUGUAUGCGUCUAUAUUCCCGAAUAUUUGCGAAUUAACGAAGCAUGCCCUGUUAUUCGAACAGAUUUGAUACUUCUGGAAAUUUCUAGCUCUUUCAAAGAGUUCAGAUUCCAACUUAUAGCGGCUCCCAUUACUGUAGUUCUUCCCAAAAGUGAAACCAACUUUGAGACCAUGCCUCAGUCCAUCAACGACGGAACCCAAGGGUACCGAAAAACAAGCUCUCGGACUCCGACAAGAGGUCAAAGGAACGGUUUGCGUCUUCAAGAAAGCGUGAAAUGUAAUUCAGAGAGGAAUCGAAUAACGUUGGCAGGACUGCAGUUACGUCUGCAAGGGUUCUCGAAUGUCCUGGAGACAAAAGACAAAAGUGUUUCAAUUGAGUACGCAUGGCUGACAGAAGUUAAAUUGUUACCAUUGAGAGGGAAAGUUACAAUCUCACAGUUGCUGGAUUUAGCAAAUGUAGUGCAAGGCAUGGUUUUUCUGAUGACGGACCCAUCGUGUCAGCUUCAAACCGGACCUCUCGAGAUGGGGUACUGCAUGCACUGUCAAAAAAGAAAUGAUUGCACGCAUAAGCAAACCUCGGAAAAUGCCGCAAACACGCCCAAAGAUUUGCAGAUUACUUCAAAACAGGGGCCCAGUGUGACCAUAAACAUACCGGAUAAGGUUGAUUCGGGUGCAACCAAAGAGGACAACUUGUGUGUGAGCAGUGAAGACCUGAAAUAUCGUAUGGUCAGGAUCCACGUGGACAGUAUUGACUUCAACAUUCUGGAGCCGGACUUGAUAUCAAAUAUCAACAUAUAUCCAGUUAAAGUCUGCUGGUGCAAUCUCCACACUCCCGACUCAGCCCUUGGAGGUACUUUACACGUUGAGAGGGUCUCAGUUCGCCACUUUGUCACCAGCUGCGGUCUCAGGUUCCCAUCAGGUCAAAAAACGUGGGUAGAAUCAGGAGGCAUCAAGUUUGGCCCCGUUUUCACUGACGUAUCAAAAGCAGUAACUAAUUCGCAGAAAACAAGACAGCAAGGAGAGUUUUUGACCAAAGUUGACCAAAGCAGAAAGCUGUUUUUUCUUCAAAGCCGAUCUGGCGAUUCCAAUGUCUACAGGAAGUUUCCGAUUGGGAAAUGCGGAUGCCGGGGUAACUGUGCGUUCUUCGGGACGACGCUACUAGAGACUGUGUAUUACGAAGCACUGAGUAUUUAUGACAUGAGAGAAAAGGCGCCAAACAUAGCGGAUGAUUUUACAGGCGAAAUCGGAGGAACCGUUGGCGUUCCCCUGCAUCAUAAGAACAGAAAGUACCGCUUCCCAGUGUUUCAAGCAGCAGAUCACCCUUUUGCCCUUUUAAAACAUGAAGGCGUAGUCAACCGAGUGACUGCCUCUUCCAAAGAGAACUUCAGAUCGUGCAGUCCCAGCAUCGACUUCGAAGCCGAAAAGACUUUAACCGAAUUGAACAAAUCAGAAUUAUCUUCAAGUAUUUCAACCACAGUAACAGGCAGUCCUCAAUCUGUGAUUCGGCAUAAAACACCAUCGGCCAGUUCGAUUUCUUCUGAUCACCAACAGUCAUUCACAUUUGUAGAACAACAUUAUUACGAUAGCAAUUUUGCUCAUAGCAGCUUGCCUGCUCAGAUUGGUAAAAUUUCUACUCCUACUUUUUCAAGUGAGGCCAAUGUAUAUAACACAGUGCCUAAGACUGAAUCGGGUUCCACGCGAGCAAGCAGUUCAAGUUCAAAGAAGAUAGGUCAAUCUCCCCCAAAUGCGGUGAGUUCCAGUCUGGAUUCGAACGCACCCGGAGCCCAAUCGCAGAAAGCAAGCACUUCAACAAACAGUUCAAAGAGUGCCCUUUCGCAUCAAAAAAGACGCACUUCAGCAGGCAAUGUGGAACUGUCAAAGCGGUCUUCAUACAAUUCAGAUCCAAGUGAGAAGCAGACAUCCGAUGGACUGUUCAAAAUAAACGACGAGAGAGACGAUGAUCAGUCGUCUCUGACCGAGUCUUUCAAGUCUGCGCUCAGCGACAUCACGGGCGAAGGAAUUUCUGGAAAUUGGCAACAAGUUGACGUAACCGCUGCAGACAAACGAGAUCACUUCCCUUCUGAGAGGCUAGCUGAUACGCAGGCGACAUAUGGAAUAGGUUCAACUGUUCAGAAUACAUUGGUUGGUCACCUGGAUCCUCUGGACAUUGGCGGAGGUUUGAUUGGUGGGCAAAAUGAGUUCACCAGGAGUACAGCAUCUGCUACUUCGGAAUCAAGUGCGAAUCACAAUGAAAACGAAAAGUUGCUAGCGUACUACCAGUUCUUACUGCCUCAAGUAGAGAUGGAUUUUAAGGAAGCGGAGGACGAAAUUGACAACAGUUUUCUAGUCUCAAGUCCUUUCUCCCCUUUGGCUGAAACUGUUGUUCACGUUGACUCUGAUGGACAUAUCAAGAGUCGCAUAGUUGAACCUGGCUUGGACAUGAACAUGAUCAACCCGCGAGACCCCUUAGACUAUAAAAUUUCUGCUUCGAACCAAAAUCAGCCGGGUAUGUUUUUUAAUACAACACGACAGUCCACACAGAGCACUACAGGAGGUUUGGGCAAGCAUCCUGGUCAGCGAGUCUCAACUGUUGUAAGGUCAAGUUCUCAAAGGAGAACAGCGCCGUGCUAUACGACGAAACCAGGAGAAGAGCAUACAGAAGUGAUGGUCAAUUUCGAGGAACCCAUUUGUGCACUGUUCUCGCCUUUGAUGAUUGGAGCCGUUUGUAGGUACCUGGAUUGUUGCUCCUCUUACAUCAAAUCCAGUCAUCCUGGAAACGUUCUGUUCCAAAUUCACCAGUCAAGUGUAUCUGCGGCUGUUAAACAUCUGUCAUCUGAGGACCUUGACGAUAUGAUUUUAGAAGUUGAGAAAACCCAUAAUAGAAAGCCUUCACGAGGAACCAAACUGAAUUCUGCUGAAGGCUUAGGAAACAAAGCUGGGAUUGUUACUGGCGGAAUGGAUAUUGACGCAACAGAUGGCAGUCCGGAUACGUUGGUGGAACCAGUUCCGGAUCCUAUUGCACAUUCUUUCACGUUUUCCUUGAAUAUAUCAGAGAUAAAUUUCAACGUGCUACAGGCUUUAGUGGAUGAUACAGUUCUCCCAAAUGCGUCCCAGAUAUCUGGAGCAUCUCUGCUUUCUAUGCGUCUGAUCAAUUUCGAUGCAAAUUUCCUUUCCAAGAAAGAGCAAGUCUUGUCACCGGAAGGCAACAUUGCAGACAACGUCGAAAUAAGCGUGAAGAGCUCCCUCAGUCAGGUCGAAGCGCAAAUGCAACAGUUGAAGUCGGCCGAACUGACUGGCAAAGACGAAUAUAUUACAAAUAUAGCCCAAGACAUGUCUCAAUGUUCAUUUGCAGUCGUAAAUCCGAAAUCAAACACAAACCCAGGCUGGAUCAUGACAGAAGGAGGGUUCAACUCUAUUAAUCUGAGCGGGGUCAAACUUGUUGGGUACCAUGACCCAGCGAAGCGAAAGUCAAAGAGGUCAAAUUCCGUUUCAGAAGAGUUCAAUCAGCAAAACCAGUUCCAUGGUUCUGGAUCACAUCAGGGCCCGAUAAAAGACGAACCAACUGUUCUUAAAUAUUCGGAUACAAGCAAAGCGUCAGCUGUAAUUGACCUAAUUUGGUUUAAUGUCGCUUCUCCCGAAAAUCGAAAUGCAGCUUCGACUCACGGAUUAUCGGCAAGAGAUACCCUAGUGAACGAACCCCAGCCACAGCUCACGUUGGACUACAAUUUAUUGACUACUGGAACAUUCACUAUUGCUGCUUGGCUGAAGCAAUUUGACGAGUUAAAAGAUGCAAUAAAAUCAAUGAAUGCAGAAAAUAAAAUGAGAAUCGCUUCGGUUCUGUCGUCCGUUUUGUAUCUGUUCAUCUUCGCUCCAGACAGGCCUGAUUACGACAUCAAAGCUCCAAGUUGUGAUUUUGAGAACCAUUUGACUCCACUGGCGAAGAAACUGAGACAUGAUUUGUCGAUGCGCACUUUAAUGAAGUUGUUUCAAAAAUUACCAUCAGCUGAUGUUGUAGUUUUGGAUUACACUCUUCAGAGAAACUUGUUGCCCCUCGAUACUCUGUACCAUGCGUUGUAUACUUUAUGCGAAAUCAUAGCGAAAAAUAACAGGAAUACGAACUUACCUGGAAAGCAAAACUCAAAGCCAAAAUCAACUACAGCUAACGCAGCGAAUGUAAAUGAGAAAAAUAAAGGUUCAAAAAUAGACUCAACUGGCAAAUCAGGCAGAUCUAGAGGUUCAAUUUUGGUACCACAUGUAGAAGAAACUCGAAUUGAUAUCGACGAUGCAAACGACCUUGAAAGCAGCCAGGGUCAGGACUCUAAAUUGUAUUCACCAACAGGUGCAGAUUUUUCUGUCGGAGGUCAACGACUGCCCGCGAUUGGCGAAAUCGGAGAAGACGUGACAUCACAAGCCGAAGACGAGUCUGAAAACGAAGACACAAUUGAUAACGAAGAAGACCACGCGAUGAUGACUCUCGAAAAUUUUGACAUCGAACGUGAAAAACCUGUGAAAUCAGAAGAAGCUGUGCAAAGGUGGCUGAUGAAUAGCGAGCGAGGAGCUGGCAAUGCAAGAUCGUCAGCCCGGGCACGACUUACAGGAGGAAUUCGGCAGAGCGUGUUACCUGACGGAGUUGAGGUUAACGAAACAAGCCCGAACUUAAGAGCGGAUACAUUCAAGUUCUCAGACACGGUAUCUCCUAACGAAAACCGAAACACGAUGAGUGUUUUGAGCCGACGAAGUUCAGAGGACGUGUCAUUGAAUGCGGCCUCGGACGAGGGCAACGUCGGUGCAAGUCGCCGCGAGUGGAAAAGAGGAGCUCAUGAAGGCCGACAAUCGGAACAGAAGUCAGAAGACAAGGAAGCGUUCAACUCCUUCAAAGCUCUUUUGCACGCUGUCAAAGCUUACAAAGACAACGCGGAGCAAUAUGAAUUCACUAAAAUUUUUGGACGCGAAGUUUUCGUUUGUGGAAAAAUUUUGAGUUUCCGAAUUGACGUUGUCUCGAAAACAGAUAAGUCGGGGCAUGCAUUUAGCAGCAAGAGUUAUCGAAAGCAGAAGAAAAACCAAGAACGUGAUCCAAUUUUCUGCACCCAAAAUUUCGAGGUGAACUUUAGUCUGAAAGAACAGCAGUCGACACUACGGAAAAGCACACUAACCCGCUUGAAGAAUCGAUCUCAAAGGAAUAGCCUGUUUAUUGAUUGUCUCAUUACCUUGGCUAAGACAACUUAUAAAUUAGACUUUUCAGUCGUAAAGUUGAUCAACCAAAUCUACUGUUCUGUGCAAAAAAUUCACGAGGAGCUGGGUUGGAAUCGGGUCUUGAAGGACCACGAGAUAAACACGAAAGCGUUUGGAACGAAACCGAGUUUCGAUAACGGAUCGCAUAACAGAUCUUCGAUUAUCAGUGAAAGAACUGAAGACGAUGAAGGCGAUGAUUGCUGGAUAUUCAUUUACAAGAAAUCUCAAUUAGCCGACGAAAAUGAUGCUCAAUGGUUCCCUGAAGACUUCAACGGGAGAUCGUUUGAUGACGCCAAAGACGACUCUCCCGGACGAAUCGUGACACAUGUCAUUGCAUCGUGGCUCGCAGCUGAGUUCUGCACUGAAAUAGGGGGACUCAUAACCAGAACAUAUUUCGAUACUUUCAAUGUUUCUUAUUGGGGUCGACAAUCCAGGGUAGGGAGGAAGUCGAAGGAGACUGACAGAAAUAUUACCGCUAAUAUGAAACAACUCGACAUAACAGUCACAGAAGCAGAUCAUUGUGGGGCUUCGAUUGCUGCAACCUAUAAUCAGUCGAUUAUGACAUUCAUUGUCAAAAACACAGGGCUGGUCAUUUCUUCAAAAGAAAAGAUGGACAAGCAAAAAAGAAGUUAUAUCUGGUUCAACAUUAGAGAUGUAUCUCUGAACAUACCAUUGCAGCCAUCAGCAUUGAGACAGACAGUUGACAAAACUAGUAAACGAAUCACAGAAUUGAAAUCAAAGUUGGCGCCGAUGCCCCAAACAGGCCAGGCAGCUUCUGGUAUUUCGCCCAAGGAACCCCACGCAUCUCAAAGAUCCGGAUUGAAUUCGUCAGUUGGAGGGUCUCCCGGUGAUCAUCAGGACGGAAUUCGCGCUCACUUCGGAGAUGCAAAUGAAAAUGAAGAGACAACUGAUGUUCCAAUCGAUAACUUGAAAUGUGAUAGUUCUCGCGAGACCCAUUUUAAGGCUCGCCUGGAUCAGUUGGAGAUCAAGACGGCGCUUCUUGUGGACUUCACUGCGGCUUAUCAGAUGACUAACCUGAGAGCAUUCGGAAAGAACUCUAGAAACAUUGGAUUCGAAGUGAUCCUGGACAAUCACUUCCUCCAGUUUCAAAGUGGGGCUGAACCAGCGAAUCUUCGAUUCCCAAAUAUCUCUCUCGAAGGAAUAUAUGUGCCAAUAGUCAAACCCAACAAUACCGGAGGUUUCGUCAAAAUACAGCAGAGUCAUCGAUCUUAUGAGGGUGGCAAUUUUCUCAUCCUAGUUGUCAAUGUCGCUAAACUAGAGGAGCAUUUAAGUUCAGACCUGCUGAACCAUUUCGUUAUUGUCCAGAAAGUAUUCAGGUCUGAGGUUAAAGAGGUCAUCUCUAAGGUUUCCGAAAAUUCGGCGCCAAAUGGCUGGAAUAUAGUGCAAUCUACGGCGGGGAAACCCCCAGAAAGCACGUUGAGAUCGUUUGGAUCCGAGCGGGGGUCAAACCCGCGACCUGCUGAUGAGAUAUUUGGCGAUUCGCCGCCCUUCAUGCUUCAAGCUAAAUUUGUUAUGGAUACUUUGAGGGUAACAGCAACAACACCAACGAAUAACGCUGUUCAGCUAGUUCUAGACGCAAUGGAAUUCGAAGUCUCGAACUUUCCAAAUGGAGACUGCUUCAUGAAACGAAACAAGAAACUUAUGAAGAUGCUAGCCAGAGGCAAAAUGACAGUGGACGCUUCGCUAGGAACUAUAAAGCACUCAUUUGCGAAAUCAACUUAUGACUCUCUUCCCAAUGUUCCAAGUUCUCAUCAAGAUGAUGACGAUGAUAGGAAUUCACUUGAGAAAAAAGCGUUUGUUACUUUCAGUGUAGAUUUUGAGAAUUCAGCCAAAGAUGCAAAUGAUGAGGAAAACUCACAAGCUGUCCAAGUUACGGUUUCCAAGUUCAAACUUUACUUGGAACCAGAAGCUAUUGAACAUACAUUUAAAAUCUACAUCAAUUACAAAAAUGCGUUUGAAUAUUUUACAGCUGAAAGGCAAAAACGAAAUGUAAAUGGCGUCUAUAAUGCAUAUAAUAUCCGAGACGACGCCGUUUUCUCACCUGGACGAGAUGAUCGACAGCAAGGAUCGCCGACUAAGAAGAAGAAGACGUCGAGCGACCAAGGAGUUGAAAAUACCAAUGUGCAAAGCGAGAGUACAGGAGAGCCGCAACAGCGACCGGGAUCGAUAAUCAGCUCAGCUGAAUCGACUUCGUCCAGGCUUUAUUUCCUGUUCGUGAUUCAAGAUUUAGCAGUUUGUGUUCCGUUGGAGGCUGGUGGAAGAUUUGGUCCGUGGAAGGACGACUUGGAACAAGUUCUGAUGCUCACAAUCAAACGUACUUCAGUGUCCACAGUAUCGAACAACAGUCUGUUCUGCGUGGGAACAUUCAAGACAUUCACUCUGGGGUUCAGAGAAGACUUCGACACCAAGUCCAGCAACUGGAUGAUUGACAGAAUCGAAGACUCAUUCGCUCCACCGCAGAAGACGGCCAAGACGUAUACUUAUCCCAGUCAUUUCGCAUCGGCUUCGAGUCAAGUGUCGCCCGCUAAUUAUAUCAUGAACACCUUCUGGGUCCCGGAGGGAUCAGUGGAUGUAGUUUCCAGGACGAAGACACUUGCAUCCCACUCUGCAGGGGCAGUAUGGGAGUUGUCGAUCAGGUGGCAGAUGAAGGGACUGCAUGUGAGAUUCGACACUAAGCUGGGCAAGUGGCUGGUCAUGCUGAAGAACACGCUAACUCGCAUCUCGGAGGACCUGACAGAAGAGGAAAGUGACAAUGAGGACGAGGCAGACUCAGCUGACACGAUGCGCGGGGAUGACAGGAAGAAAUAUCAGGAGCAACAAAUGGUUGUGAUGAAGUUGAAAGGUGAUAAAUCGAAAGUUAAUACGACUAGAAUAGCCGCCGAAGAGUAUACCUUGAAGCACAUGGAGGACAGGCAAGCUAGGCAACAGAUCAAAAACUUGAAAAGGCGGACUUCAAUGGCAGCUAGUGGUGCGCCCGGUGGUGCCAUGGGAACCGCGGGAGUUCAAGACUUGACUCAAAAACAACGCAAAAGCAUGCAGGGGCUGGGACACAGCCUCCCCGGAACGGAUUUGAAGGCUUACUUGCGCAACAGGGCAUCGACUGUUUCUGGACCUGGUAAUCCUCUCGUUCUUACUCCCUUCCCAACAUUCUCAUACGCAGGAAUUGGAUCCCUGGCCCCUAUUGCCGGAUCCCCCACUGGUUCUGUUGGGAACACCGGCCUUGGAUCCCAGACGAACAACGCAGGUUCUCAUACGAGGACGCAAAGUAUGGCACUUGGAGGGUUCAAUCAUGACCUGUCCCCUGUCGGAGGAAGCGAAAUGCCAUACAGUAUGUCACAUCAUACAGUGACUGGUUCUAACCAGACAUUGGAACCACUGAGGGCCUCCAAUUUUCCAGGAAGUGUUCCAAACACCAAUAAAUGGUCUGAUGAUGAGGAAGAAUCCAACUUGCAUCGCAAUACUCCUCUCUACCCACAACAAAACCAAGUCGGACAUCACUUCCCUGCUCGACCAGUAUCCAUCAAUGUAAUCUCCAGUGACUACGUAAAUACUCAUCAUCUGACCACUUCAGAAAACUCACAUUCCGCUCACUCUAGUUCGACUACACGCCCAUCAACGUUGUUCCUAAGGUCGAAUCAGCAUGCAGCCGAAAGUGCUUCAAAGGGAAUUGGGAUGAAGUUUGACCUUGGAAUCAGCAUUUCAUCGGGCGAGUGUGUUUUGCACGCGGACCCGCCAUCGCUUGCUGACUCAAAACUUGCGUCGCCAGUGAAAGGAAGUCGAAGAACGGAACCAAAUGUGUCUCACAUUACGCUUCCUGCAGUCAGUGUCAAGACUUAUUAUUCCGGGGAAACUACGACGAUUGAGGCAGAAGUUGAGGAAAAAGCGAAGGAGGAGAGGACUACCCCUUCGGAAGAAAAGAAGACAGACUCUAUACCAACUGACUUUGGUCGGUCUAGCGCAACAUCUUCCAAUCGAGACAAGCCAUCUCUUCUUGGUACAAGAGGAGUUGCUUAUAAACAAACACACAGCUCACCAGUUGAGACCUUUUCACCUGUAUUUGGCAAUCGGAUGGGCUCUGCUUUGUCCAGUGGUGGAACGACUAGUAGUGAAUAUAUCACUGCGAAAUCAACAACGUCAAUUCCUAGAAUUAACCUGCCGAAAGAGGCGGAGAAGAGUGACCGGGUUUCAGUGUCCGUUGGGGUGAAGAAAGAGGCGACGGGUAGUCUGAGGUCAAAUAGGUCUUUGAACGCAAUGACUCAUAGGCACGGAAGACUUUGUCUUUAUGUGGUCAUACAAAGAUUGGAAGAUCCGCUUAUGCGUUUGUCGCCGUGUUUCCUCGACUACAUUCAGCAAACUCUCAACAACGUUUCUGAAGACGACCCGGACUCAUAUAUGAAUACAUCUCACAUAAGCUCAAGGACUGUUGAAGAGCCUGGAACUCCUCAGAGCGGCACUGGGGUGGAUUCCACGAAAGUAAUCGUCACGUCAGACACAAAGUUCCCCGUGGACGUUGUCAUCGCACUCACGAUUGAGCCAUUUGAAAUUGACAUCGACUGUUACCCACACGAUAAAAUAGCCUGCAUGAUGCUUCUCCCAAAAACAAACGUAGUGUUUUCAUCUGUUCGCGAUAACCUCUCAGCAAUCGAGCCUUCUGGGGGACCCGAAAGUAGUACGGAAUCUAAGCGAAGCACGAGUUCCACUAAAGGCAAAAGCGAAGAACCGAAGAGGAAGGUCUCUACAUGUCACGAUCAAAUGUCACCCAAGUUUUGCUCCCAGACUCAAAUAGGAGAAGCGAAUGGCUGGAUUGUGACUGUUGUCGCAGAUGAUUUCAACGUGUAUGUGUUCCAUCAGUUCAAACUGAACAAUGAUGACCCGAGAAAUAUGGGAGGAGUUGGAGCAUCUUCAUUCGGCUAUAACUUCGGAGACAACUCGAGGAAAGAUGCCUUCUCGCUGUCAGUUAAAUCAGUCAAACUGAAUAUUUGUCGAAACGCUACCCUUCACAUGACUAACACGAGAGAAACGAUUGGAAGUUCCAAGAACAUGGCCAGUGCCACGAGUCAGGGAGCUGCCAGAGACAGCUACCCCAGAUUAGGCCGAACGACAUCAUCGACUAGCAGUAGCCAAAACACUGCCAAUCUGUCAUCCUGUGAGAGAUAUCGAUACAUCAACAUGUCAAUCAUUCUUGACUUCGGCGAAUGUCAGUUCAAGUUUGACAUCCGCAAAUUGCAAGACCUGAGAACUUUCUUGAAGUACUGGUACCGACAGAAGCUCAUAAAACAGGCAUUCAUUGCCCCAGAUCCAGAAAUAGACCCCAGUGACCUCAACCUGAAUGACAUCGAUGACAUCGUGAAUCAGGGAGGAAAUAGAAAUGCAGUCGACAGUGAUGAUGUUGAGUUUGAGGAUGGAACUCGAAUUCUUCGAGAUAGUUCGCAAAACAGAAGAAGCGGGAAUUAUAAUGCUACUGCUUCGCCUGAAUUGCGUCGUCGGAAAAAAGCAUCACCCAAUGACGAAAUCCCGGAUAGACCUUGGAGUCCAAAAACUAGUACCUUGGCCUCGGGAUCCAGAAGCAACACAAAAUGGGAGUCAAACGUCAAUGUAGCAGCGAACUUUUCCUCUUUUGAGGUCAACAUGCAACUAGAUAGUUUCAUGGGAAGCAUCAAAAUUAAGACCGAAAAAUUACUUGGCACCGGGUUGUUGCAUCUAACAAGUGACCGGCAUAAAUUCGCCUCCAGUAAAAUCACCCUCGGAAAAUCAGAACUGACCUCAAUUGCAGCAACGAUAAAUCCCAGUUUCCACCUGCGCAACUGGAGUCUCCAGUUUUCAAUGAAAAGACCUCCUCAGGAGCACCCAGAACACAAGAUUUCCCUGAGUUUGAAUGAGUCUGAGUUCAGGAUGAAUUACAAGAGUAAUCCAAUUCUGAUGGGAUGUUUCAACAUGCUGAAAUUAAAUUUCAGCGAUACCUGGAGAAUCGAGGCUAAGCCAACUUCUCAAAUACCCUGCAAGUUGCUCAUCAAUUCCGACAUCUCUUGGGACAAUGCGCAGAUCCUAAUGGUCCAGAGCACAAUCCCAGAUUUCAUCAUCAUCAAAACCAGAUUCAUUCACUUCUACAACUCGUACUUCAAUACUAAGUCCGUCAAUAGUCCAAUGACUGGAAACAAAGCCAGUGGAUCCAUGACCGGAAGCGUUUAUCAAGGCCUGGGAGCCCUGAGAGUGUCUGAAGAUUCUAUCCAGGGAACGCAGAAAAAAGUGAACUGGCGUAGACACUGGCCUGGAAUCGUGUCAGACAUUGUAUCCGGAAAUUUCCCCUUUCUUCCGUCGAAUCUGUCGUCAAACAAGGUGUUAUUGUCUGGUAAAGUUGAGCUGAAGGGAGAUGAGUUGUCGGUGGUGCUGAUGGAGAAUGAGAUCAGGUCCAGUCGGUGGUUUGUGCUGGCUCUCUACCAGCCACUAGUCUCCUUCUCUACCGAGUGUCAGCAGAUUGUAGAACGAGACCUGGAAAUGUUAAUUGUGGAGCAGAAUCUGAGUGCUCAACUACUACACGACACGCUGUCGAAGGCAGACAGGAAAAGAGACAUGCAGAUGGCAGAGAUCAAACUGUACCACAGGAUCGGAGAUGGAUCAUGUCCCAUUAUGGUCGCAAGUGCAGUCAAGGAGUGGUUCGCACAUACAUUGAAGAACACAACAGCCAACAGCCAAGAAGUUGGCGUUCGAUCAUACUACAAAGUUGAGAGUUCUCUUAUUGGUUCCCUGCCCCGCAUCCAAGCCAGUCUGACAACUGAACAGAAACAGACACUAAUAGAACCACGAGUUGCGGAGUCUACAACAAACAGACGAUCUUCAAAUGUACCGAGUUCGAAGCCCCGAGUGGACUGUCGGUUCUCGACUACAUUCCACCAGCCUAUUCAGAUUGCUGUAGAUCCACAGUACAUCGAGAUAUUCAAGAAGUUGUUCAAGGAGGUGUCCGAGAAAGUGAAGGCGGCAUCGGCAUCUUCGAAGACAGGAGGCGCCACCAAUGUCCCAUUGAAAGUUUCCAAGCUGGACGACCCCAGAGAAUUCGACGUCAUCCACUGGCUAUUUGAUCCAUCCGUCAAUUUUCUGACACGCCACACAAGCAGCACAGACCCACCUGGCAUCAACUGGGUUUGGAAGAAGUUGGGCAUUGAGAACUGCAAACACAGUCUGCCCAAAUUCAGCCAGAGAUACCUCAUGGACCAGCUAGAUGCAGCAGUGGCCAGGGCAGUCCUCUACGACAUCAGAAAGUUGUCCAAGUUACACCACCAGUUGCCGGAUGUAGUCCAGAAGUAGAAGUUAUUCUUUUUAGUCGGUGGUUGCGACUAGACAGAAGAAGUUCAAGAAUUCUCGGAGUGGAUUACUUAGAAGUUCUAAAACAAAACAUAAUGAAGAAAAUAGCGAUGCAAUCUUGAAAGAUUGAGUAAUAGAUAAAUAGAAAAGAUAAACGUUAUUGCUACAAAUAAUAUAGAAAAAUAACUUUAUUCAUGGCACUAUUUGCAUUAAAAACUUUAUUCCUUAAUAGCAACCGCUGCUUGAAUGCAUGUUGAUUUUGAACGUGAUUUAUUUGAAGCAGUUUGAUUUUGUAUUAGAGUAGUUGUCCAAAUAAAUGUCAGUUUCUUAAAUAGUACGAAUUCAAUAACGAAAUUUUUACCUGUAAGUUUAAAAAGGGUGCUUUAAUAGGCAUUGCCUUUCUCGAGCAGGUGGUGCUAUGCAUUUGCGAAUUUCGGCUUGAAAGUUAUAGUUUUUGGCUUGAAGUAGCAAAUAUAAAAGCCAAGACGUCCUGGCCAAGUGCGUACGGUAAAUGGUUCUUCAAGAGGUCCGAGUUUGAUCCCGUAGUCUCUGAGGAUUCAUUUUCAUGAAAGUGAGGUUCUUUCAAGCUUUAUUAUCUGGCAGUUUCUUUUCUUUACAGUUUUUGAGCUCAUUUUUAUUGUUGUUGGCCUGUACUUGCGAAUUGCAACUUCUGGUCUGUUAAUCAACUGUUAAAAAUAUUUUUGUUAAUUAGGAGUCAAUGA